AUGGCGGAUAAGUACGUGUCAGGCUACCCCCCGCCACCGUACUACUUCCAAGAGUAUGUAGAUGUGGGUGACGAGGUGGGCCAAGUGGAAGAUACGGAAUGGGGACAUCACGCACAGAGCGGCCACUUCUUAAGCAGCAUAAAGGAGCAAUACCAAAUUUAUGACAUUACGGAGAAUGCCCAUGUGCAGGACCAAACGGAUGGAAAUGAAAAGUAUAAUAAGCACACGUGCCAACUACUCAUGGGGAGACCCCCGCCAGUGCCCCUCAGAACUAAUUAUAACGUAUUUGGUAUUAACCACCAAGUGCAAAGAAGAGUAGAAGACUUAGAGAGUGACGAGUUGUUAUAUGCUGAGCACAAAAAUUUGAAAAAUGAAUUUAUUAAGCUUUUUAAAAAAUAUAAAGAAUCCUUUUUUGAACUGUUUGAAGACAUUGUAAAUAACAGACGAGAUGAUAAGACGAAAAUAAAAAUACUCAUUAAGGUCCACGUAAAUUUAUUUCACAUUCUGGCCAAGUUGAGAUACUACCAGAGUGUUAAUAAUGUUAUUAACAUUUUGAAGGUCCAACUGAAGAGACGGCAGAUUGCCAUCGACAAGAUGAAGUUAAGCCUACUUCGUAUUUAUUCAUAUAUAAAUUUUGUGCAGGACAAUUUCUCCGCCACUCGUGCCAUUGCGGACGAUGAGGAGGGAGCCAGUCCCAAACGGAAGAGAAAGCUGACCGCGCUGUAG